ACGUAGGUAUUAUUGGAAGUAAUGCUGUCAACUUGUCAAUUUUUGUUAAAUUCUUCAAAGCUCGAAUUAAUUCAAAAUGUUCGCUUCGUGUUCGAACACCCUUCGUGUGGAUUCAUGGCCUAUCGAAGUCCUGAAAGAAAAUUCCGAAUACAUCCCCCAGAGCGAUGAAAAAAUAUCUCAUCUGUCUUGGUGUAACGACAAUUCAUACAUGGCAAUUUUGCAACAAGGCGAAAAACCGCAAAUUUUAUCCAUUAAGGACCUGAGUAACAUACGGACAGUGCACACCAUCAACGAUCACAACAUCUCAUCCGUAGUUUUCAAAAAAGGCACGAAGAAACAUUUAGCUAUGGGCACCAAAAAUGGGGACGUAAUGAUUUACGACACUAAACUGAGAAGUAUUUCCAGGAAGUUCGUAAAAUUGACGAGUCCAAUCGAGUUCCUCGAAUUCAGCUAUGACGAUCUUCAAUUAGCAGCCUUGUGCGAAGAUAAGACUGUCGUUUUUUACACGGAGGCUGACGGAAAAGUGAAUAAUGAGUAUAAACAUGGUGCGAAAUGCAGUUGCAUAAAGUUCCAUCCAUCCGCUCUGAAUAAAAUGGCAGUUGGUUGUGCCAAUGGUUACGUUACCAUUUGGGACACGAAAACGAAUUCUAAGAUGUACAAUUGCCAGCUACAUUCUCAAGCCGUGAGUGGUAUCAGUUUGGCUAGAAGUGGGAAUUUCUUGAUUUCCGUCGGAAAAGAUCACAAAGUAUGUGUGACUGAUUUAAAUUCAGGUGAAUGCCAGUUUAGAAUUAACUUGAACGUCCCAGUUAACACUGUAGACUUACGUUUUGAUGAUAAAAUUAUUGGUGUUGGUCUCGAUGAUGGCAGUGUUUAUCUCUACGACAUGAACUUUGCGGUACAACCUUUGUCGUGCCUUCGACAACACAAUUCCCCAGUGAACAUAAUUUCCUUCGCGAAUUUUUCCAGAGAUUACAUCGAAACUGAAUCAUCUAUCUCCACAGUGACAAGCAUUCAGGAUCACAUUUCAGAAAUGCGGAUGACGAGUCCUAAAACAGGACUUACGAACAAUAGCGACCCUCUGAAGAAUGUUAAACGAGACUUUCUACAAACUGUGAAAAAUCAAACAGACGAGCUGGAGGGUCAGUUGGUAGAACACUGUAAGAAAUUUCAAGUCUUCAUCAAUAAUGAGUUCAAGAUGAUAAAUGACAUCAUGCAAGACAAAUGGGAGCUCUUCGGGGCUAGUGACGUCAAUAAAUUGUUGCAAAGUGCAGAAAGUGAUUUUUGUGAUGCUGAAAAAAUCUAAGAUAAUAACUCGUCUCGUUUUCCAAAUUAUCAUUUACUGUAAUGACAUAUUCCUAUUAGAUAAAUUUUAUCCUUC